GGCGGUGACGCCAUUUUUUUGUGUGGAUUUUUUUUAAAAAGAGAGAGAGCUCGGGAGGAGAAAGGAAGCGAAGAGCGAGCGGCCAGAGACUGAGAUAUAGAGGCGGUAAAUCUACUCAUCAUCCCCCCACCCCUACUCCCUCCCCCCCCCCCCUCUCCGGAAUCACUACCGUGAACCAUGGCGGAUAUAGACAAGCUGAAUAUAGAUAGUAUUAUUCAGAGGUUGUUGGAAGUACGAGGUUCUAAACCAGGAAAAAAUGUACAGCUCCAAGAGAAUGAAAUCAGAGGCCUGUGCCUCAAGUCUCGUGAAAUCUUCCUUAGUCAACCUAUUCUUCUGGAACUUGAAGCUCCAUUAAAAAUAUGUGGUGAUAUUCAUGGCCAGUAUUACGAUUUACUUCGGUUGUUUGAAUAUGGAGGAUUCCCACCCGAGAGCAACUAUCUCUUUCUGGGAGAUUAUGUGGACAGGGGAAAACAGUCUCUGGAAACUAUCUGUCUGUUGUUGGCAUACAAAAUUAAGUAUCCGGAGAAUUUUUUCCUUCUGCGUGGAAACCAUGAAUGUGCCAGUAUAAACAGAAUAUAUGGAUUCUAUGAUGAAUGUAAAAGGAGGUACAAUAUUAAAUUGUGGAAGACUUUUACAGACUGUUUCAACUGCUUGCCUAUUGCUGCCAUUGUGGAUGAAAAGAUAUUUUGCUGUCAUGGAGGUUUGUCACCUGACCUUCAGUCCAUGGAACAAAUCAGACGGAUCAUGCGACCCACUGAUGUGCCUGAUCAAGGACUUCUCUGUGAUCUCUUGUGGUCUGACCCAGACAAAGAUGUAUUGGGAUGGGGUGAGAAUGAUCGAGGUGUCUCAUUCACAUUUGGAGCAGAAGUAGUUGCAAAAUUCCUUCAUAAACAUGACCUGGAUCUGAUAUGUAGAGCCCACCAGGUUGUAGAAGAUGGGUAUGAAUUCUUUGCCAAAAGACAGUUGGUGACUUUGUUCUCUGCACCCAAUUAUUGUGGGGAGUUUGAUAAUGCAGGUGCUAUGAUGAGUGUAGAUGAAACCUUGAUGUGUUCUUUUCAGAUUUUGAAACCAGCAGAGAAAAAGAAACCUAAUGCAAGCCGACCUGUAACACCACCAAGGAGCAUGAUCACGAAACAGGCCAAGAAAUAAAACCAGAAACUCUGGCAUUGCCUGUUUUGGACUUGUAUUAUACCAGUUUGUCUCCAUUUUUAACUUUUUUUUUUCUUUUAUGUAAAGUGUAUCUGUCAGCUUGCUUGAAUUAGAUUACUAUUUGUUGACUUGUGGUUUAUCUGCUGUGAUAUACAGAAACAUGGUUGCUGUUUCUGAACAGCAAACAUGCCUUCUCCCCCACCCCUCAAGAUGGAAGAAUAUAAAAUAGUACUGUAGCUGUUUAAUUUGCAUCAAGGCUCCUGAUUGUUAGCACCAGCUGCUAACAAUAAUGUGCUUGACUGCUGCUCCUCAGCAGGUUUCAAUGUAGGUCAGGGGAGGGGGUUGGUGGGAAGUAGAAACGACUUGUAGUUGACAGAAUUUUGACAUUUUGGUACAGUUCACAAAGUGAUUAAAAUGCCUUGUGAUUUGUUUUCCUUUUUUAUUUUUUUAAGACCUAAAGUGGUGAUGCUUGUGAGCUGGUAAUUGACCUUUUUGGUUGGGGGGGGGGGGGAGAAAGAGUCUCAUUGACUUGUAGGAAGUGAUAUACUGUUUAUAAAACUUCAAAACAAUUUUGUACUUUCUCAUAAAAAUGUUUUUAUUUCGAGGAAUGCAUCUACUUUUUUCCAAGUCUACAUGUCUGUCGUGUAAGCAACUGUUGUAUAGAUGUCAUGAUUUUAGAAGGAUCUGCCCCUCCACUCUGCCAGCAUCACAGAGAAUGACGUAAAUUUGAUUAAGCACACUUCCUGUACUGUAUAUUUUAAAUGAUGAAAUAAAGCCAUUAUUUUACAUUUGGCAUCUUUAUUUGUUUUAAAGUUGUCAAUAUUAGGUUCCUUGUAUAAUGCCAAACAAAUGGGUUAGUAAACACCUGGCAAAGAUGGAGGAGAACAGAUUGAAAAACAGCUAGCAUAGGUUAUUGAACUUUAAAGUGUGUUUGUCAUUCAGCCAUUCUUGUUCUUUUGGGAUUGGGAGGUUGUUUCCUCUCUUUCCAUCUAUUGACCCUGGUCUUGAGGACAAGCAAGCAACCUGUUCCUGGGAUUCUGUCAUUAUGCAGUUGGCCACUUGGCCAAAUGACAGUUAGUCUGUUUUUGGAGUGUUCAAUAUGAACUUCCUCUGUUACCUCUCCAUGAUUAAGGUUAAGAGCUUGUAGUUAGAAUUCUAAAUUUUUCUGGUUCUGUGCAAAUAGACUUUCUUUUGCUAUAUCGGUUUGUCCAAGAUCCCCACGAAAGGCUGUUGCACCAAUUCUCUCCCCUUUUAUACUACACUGUAACUUGUAGAUGCUUCACUUUUGAAAUUAUUAAUAUUUGUAAGGUAAAAAUGCUACUGUAUCACUAUUCUCUGGUGUCCCUGCUAAUGGUCAUGGAGGUGCAGCUUUAUUUCCUCACCCCUGCCACUGUGCUGGGGAAGAUCAAAAUUGGGCACAUCCAUAUGAGACUCCUGACUGGUUUUUAGAGGGCAAAUUUUAAAAUGGCAGAUUUCUGGGCAUGUUUGCAUGCUGUGCUCUCAGCCAAGGAAUUAACUGAUUUCAUGAUCAAAAAUGGGAACUAAAAUAAAGCCUUUUUAUAAAUCUG